GGCGGGGCCGGGCCAGGUCCGCCCAGGUAGAGCUGCCGGGCGGCGGCGGCGGCGCGGAGGACGGGAUGAGGUGCUGCCGCCUCUGCACUUUCGACGCGGCCCGGGGCCCCCGGCGGCUUAUGCGCGUGGGGCUGGCGCUGCUCCUGGUGGGCCACCUGAACCUGCUGCUGGGGGCCGUGCUGCACGGCACCGUCCUGCGGCACGUGGCCAACCCGCGCGGCGCCGUCACGUCGGAGUACACGGUCGCCAAUGUCAUCUCCGUGGGCUCGGGGCUGCUGAGCGUUUCCGUGGGACUCGUGGCCCUCCUGGCGUCCAGGAACCUUCGCCACCAGCAACUGCACUGGGCCAUGCUGGGCGUCGCUCUGGCCAACCUGUUGCUGUCUGCUGCGUGCUCCCUGGGCAUCCUCAUCGCUGUGGCCCUCACCGUGGCCAAAGACUCACUUGAUGCCGAGUGCCAUCCGGUUCCGGCGGACUUGCUGCCGCUGGACGAGGGGCACGGCCAGGUGGAUUGCCCUUUUGACCCCACCAGAAUCUACGACACGGCCUUGGCGCUCUGGAUCCCGUCACUGCUCAUGUCCGCGGCCGAGGCGGCUCUGUCCGCUUACUGCUGCGUGGCUGCCCUCACGCUGCGCGGGGUUGGGCCCUUCAGGCAGGAAGAGCUGCAGGGGCAGCUCGAGGAACUGACAGAGCUGGAGCUCCCUAAACAAAGAAGGCAGGAAAACGAGCAGCUCCUGGAUCAGAAUCAGGAAAUCCAGUCCCCACGGAAAAACUGGGCGUAGCACAGGCAGGUGCUGUCCUGAGGCUCCGUCCCACGGGGGUCUCCACUUACCCUCAGGAUGUGUAGAUGACGCUAAUAAAGAACUUUUC